AUGGUCGACGACGCAGGUGCUGCUAAGGCCCAGGGGGACGAAUGGACGCCUGCCCAGUCCCUGAACAGACUGCUCAGGUCACCACUUCCAGCACCGCGGAUUCGCACCCGGCCGUGGUGGUUUCCUGUGCAGGAACUGAGAGACCCACUGGUGUUUUACUUGGAGGCGUGGCUGGCUGACUCAAUCUUCGGCCCAGAUCGAGCCGUAAUUCCAGAAAUGGAGUGGAUGAGCCAAGUCCUGCUGACGGUGGACAUAGUUAACUCUGGGGACUUAGUUGAAAUCACCAUCUUCGGGCGGCCCCGUGUACAAAAUCGGGUGAAGAGCGUGCUCCUGAGCCUGGCAUCCUGGCACCAGAAACUUCGUGCCCGAGCUGAGAAGAUGAAACAACUUGAGGAAUUCUUGAAGGCACGUGCAUCAGAGCCCCAGACACCGGAGCAUCCUGUUGCACAAGUAUUUUCAGGAGCAUUGUGA